GUGUGGGGUGUCUUUGUACAGUCAAAUACACAAAAACAGUAACACAACUAAUAAUCUCAUUUGAACAAUGUCUGUAUUUCUCACAAUAUCUGUCUGUAGUAAAUAUUCUAACAAAGGCUUUUACUUUGAAAAGAAAAACCGGAAAAGCCAUUAUUUUAGCCAUUAUUUCCGGUUAAACUUGAAUCUGCUGCAGCUAUUAAUAAAUUGUAUCAAUUUCACGCGUUUAGAAAGGGCUUCUUGUCGUUCGCAAUUUCUAUUAUUUAUCUAAUUAAUAAGUUAGAGUUGUUUCACCAUAACAAAGAUUUAUUUGAUGUUUUUAGCUGCUACAGCCUCGGCAGCAGGUUUCGGUAAGCUGUCAUGGCUCCUCUCCGGAUCCUGUGUGUUCACGGUUACCGUCAGAACGGCAGCUCGUUCCGUGAAAAGACCGGGGCUCUGAGGAAGCUGCUGAAGAAACAGGUGGAGCUGGUUUUCAUGAACGCGCCGCUCACCGUGCAGCAAGGCAGCACCGAAGACGCAGAGGUCCCAAACAAGGAUAAUUCUGGACCCAAMGUGGACGAGGACCCCAGGGGUUGGUGGUUUUCUGACAUCCAGGCUAAGAGUUUCAGCGCUCAGCAGCAGUGUGAGGAGAGCCUCGGCCUCGACGACAGCGUGGUGGCCGUGCGCGAAGCCGUGGCGGCCCAGGGCCCGUUUGACGGCAUCCUGGGCUUCAGYCAGGGAGCGGCGUUCGUGGCCAUGCUGUGCGCUCUCCAGGAGCAGAGCCUGGAGCCUCGCUUCAACUUCCGCUUCGCCRUCCUCGUCGCCGGUUUCCGCAGCGCCUGCAAGGAGCACGAGAGGUUCUACGCGACCCCGCUGCAGAUCCCGUCCCUGCACGUGUUCGGGCUGGAGGACAGAGUGAUCCCCGACGACAUGAGCCGGGAGCUCCUGCCCGUCUUCCACGACCCUCAAGUCCUCGAACAUCCCGGGGGACACUUUGUUCCGGCUGCGUCCGCUCACAGACAAACGUACCAGGACUUCCUCAAGAGGUUCCAGUGAGAACGAUGAUAAAGUGACAUCAAGUCAGUGAAAACCUGCAGCAGAGGGAGACUAAUGUUUGUUUUACUGAUACAUUUCUGUUUGACACAGCUGCUUCCAGAUCAUCGAUAUUAUGCUUUUCUUUAAUGGCGUCAUUCAAAAUAAAUGUCAUUCUUCUCAGGGAAAACAUCUUAAAAAAAUAAUAAAUAAUAUUAUUUAAGAA